AUGGUAGUUAACAACGCUACAAUACCAGAAGUUGAAAAGUUUCAUUAUUUGAAACUAAGUGUUACCGGUGAAGCCACUCAACUAAUAAAUAAUUUAGUCGUUACCGGAGACAAUUUUAAACUUGCGUGGCAACUCAUUUCAGACCGUUAUGAAAACCGCCGCGUCCUUGUCGACGCACAAUUAGAAUUGUUGUUUUCGCUCAAAAGGUCGUCGCGCGAAUCUACCGCCGAGCUAAAACGGUUACACGGCACAACAACAGAAGUCCUUGGCGCACUCAAGGGUUUAAAAUGCGACACAAGUAACUGGGUUCCUUUUAUUGUCUAUUGGGUGUCUCGUAAAUUCGACUCCGACACCUUACGUGAGUGGGAAUUGCACAUCUGCAACUCGACUGACCUGCCGACUAUUGCUCAGCUAAAUGAAUUCCUGGUGCGGCAUAUUCGUGCACUGGAAUCGAUGGAACGAGCCUACGUGGUGCAAGCGCCGGCCAAACCGCGACUCUUCAAGCCUCAAGCGCAUCAGGUCACGGUUUCUGGAAACCCAUGUCCGGCCUGCAAAUCGUCGCACGCAUUAGCAUCAUGUCCGAGCUACCUCGCAAAAUCAGCAGAGCAGCGCAAGGCCUUCGUCACUCAACUUCUGCUGUGCUUCAAUUGCCUAGGUAACCAUCCAAGAAAAGCUUGUCGCUCAAAAGGUCGUUGCAACGUUUGCAGAGCUCGCCAUCAUACGUCGCUACACGAUACUCCGAACGCUACCACCUCGUCGCCAACGGUUUCAAGUAAUGGAAAGACGCCUACCCAAGCACAAUCUUCGGAACCAGCAACCGUCCUCCACGUUGCGAAGAAUGGCACUCCUCGAGGGCAAAACGUCCGAAUUCUGCUGGCCACCGCGCUCGUCAAGGCGUCUUCAUUCUGCGGUGAAUCCAGCGUCAUCCGGGUCCUCCUAGAUCAAGGCUCCGAGGUGUCCUUCGUGACUGAAAGCCUCGUUCAGCGCCUGCAGCUUCCACGUCGCCACGCCACUGUUCCAGUUCGCGGCAUCGGAGCUGGCACAACUGUCGUAACGCGAGGCUACACAACAAUCAACAUCACGUCGCUUACAAACUCUGCCUUUAGCUGCAAGGUAAGAGCGUUUAUAUUACCGAAACUAACUACCUACGUUCCAAAUCAAACAUGCAACAUUGUGGACCUGCCUCACUUGCAAGGGCUGACAUUGGCGGAUCCCGACUUCUCCGUACCCCUCCAAGUCGAUCUGGUAAUAGGAGUGGAAAUAUAUAGCCAAAUCCUUCUCUCCGAGGUCAUCCGGGGGCCGCCAUUCACGCCCAUUGCGCAACGCACACAGCUAGGCUGGAUCGUCACAGGUCCAACUCCGUCCAACGACAGUGACUUCCAGUCCGCUAAAACAACGAGCCUACAAUGCUGCGUGGAUCGUGAGUUAGUCGACCUUAUGCAGCUCUUCUGGCAACAAGAAGAAUAUGCGGAUUGUAAGCUACACAUUUCCGAAAAAAAUUUAGAGUGCGAGAAUCAUUUCGUAGCCACGCAUACUCGCGACAACACCGGACGAUUCGUAGUUCGUUUACCUUUUGCUUGCGAUGUAAACACUCUCGGUAACUCUCGAAAUUCUGCGUAUUUCCUACUCCGUAAAACCGAAGAACGGCUCGCCGCAAACACUGCACUGCGUCAAGCGUAUUCUCUUUUUCUCAACGAAUAUGAAAAGCUCGAGCACAUGCGUCGCGUUACGUCAACUAAUAAUCAAUCUUCUCUCUCAGUAUUUUUGCCUCAACACUGCGUUUUGCGUGAAUCUAGUACGACUACAAAAAUUCGCGUUGUCUUCAAUGGGUCGCAUCCUACUUCGACCGGCGUGUCGCUAAACGACUGCCUGCACACAGGUCCAAAAAUUCAAAAUGAUUUAGCAGACGUUUUGUUAAGAUGGCGUCAAUAG